GAAAUAGAGAGAGAGAGAGAGAGAGAGAGAGAGAGAGAUAAUGUCGACUCUAACAGGUCCUCCUGUUCCUCCUUCCCCUCGGGAUGAUGCUGUCCAACUCCACCGUGCUUUCAAAGGAUUUGGUUGUGAUAAUGAAGCUGUGAUCAAUAUUAUUGCCCAUCGCGAUGCAACACAACGUGCUCUGAUCCAACAUGAGUACAAAUAUUUGUAUUCUGAGGACCUUUUUAAACGACUUGCUUCAGAACUUCAUGGAAAAUUGGAGAUAGCGGUUUUGUGCUGGAUGCACGAUCCAGCAGGACGUGAUGCAACUAUAUUACAGCAAGGAUUAAGUAGUUACACUGUUAAUCUUCAAUCUGUCACUGAAGUACUAUGCUCUCGUACACCAUCCCAGAUUUAUACCUUGAAGCAAAUCUACCAUUCCAUGUUUGGGGUUUACCUUGAGAAUGAUAUUGAACAGCAAACCUUAGGCGAUUAUAAGAAGAUUUUGCUUGCUUACGUAACCACACCACGCUCUGAAGGCUUUGAAGUUGAUAGAGAGCUGGUUGAAAGGGAUGCUAAGGCUCUCUUUAAAGCAGGCGAGAAAAAAUUGGGAACUGAUGAGAAAACUUUUAUCCGCAUUUUUAGUGAACGAAGCAGGGCACAUUUGGUUGCUAUAGAUUCUUCUUAUCGUAACAUGUAUGGUAACUCACUUAAAAAGGCUGUAAAGAGUGAAACUUCAGGGAAAUUUGAGCUCGCCCUUUUGACAAUCCUACAGUGUGCGCAUAAUCCUGCAAAGUACUUUGCAAAGGUAUUACAUAAGGCGAUGACAGGAUUGGGAACCGACGACACAACACUUAUAAGGGUUAUUGUGACAAGAACUGAGAUUGAUAUGCAAUACAUUAAAGCUGAAUACCAGAAGAAAUACAGGAAGUCAUUGAACGAUGCGGUUCACUCAGAAACAUCUGGUCACUACAGGAGCUUUCUUCUUUCUCUGCUGGGUCCAAACCGUUAGGAUUUUGAUGGUUGUGUGUUUAUGAAUAAAUAUACAUUUGCAUGUGAAUACGUGUAAUGUAUACCUUAUGUUUGGAUUGUUGUUGAACUUAAUGGUUUUAGGUUUGCAGUUUCUUUAGUUGUGUGAUGGGUGAUGGCAUAGGGGUGUGUACGGAUUGGAUUAAUUGUCUUGUUGAGAAAAUAUCAAUUGCAUUACUCGUGGCAAAUUGAGAAAUUUCUAAGUAA